AUGGGAAAGUGUGUUAGGGUUCCGAUCAUGACGGACUCUGUUUUGACGGAGCUAAACUGUCGCCCUUGUAAGAUUCCGAAGUUUCACAACGCUUGCGAAGGAUCAAAAUCCUCCAACAUAAAGCGCAAGCUCAAGGAGAGAGACGUCUACAACGAUGAAUAUGUGCGACAGUACAUACUUUUUCACUAUCAGUACAAGAAAUCCGAGGGUUUCACGAUUGAUUGGGAGCAAUUUGAUUACGUGUUCCCGAUUAGAUCGUUCGAUAAUUCACCAAACCGUAUUAGCGAUACACGAAGCCACGCCGAGAUGAUCCGCGAGGUGACACUCUUCGCCAUCGAGAAACACAACGAAGCCAAGGGAACAAAACUUGUGUUUGUCGAGCACAUUCGGGCAAAUUACCUGUUUCUGAAUGGCCUUGUCUCUUGGUUAACAUUCUGGGCAAUGGACAUGAAUUCAUCCAGUCCAGAGUCGAAAAUCUAUCAAGCAAAAGUUUGGCGCCUCGGAAAAUUACGGUUUGAUAUUCCCAUUUUCAGGCUCAAGCCGACGGAAGAAGAGAUUGCUUCUGUUGAAGUGGAACCUCCCGCUCCCUUAGAAUGUGACUCUGACGACUACCCUGGUACUGCUUCUUUCUCUUCAUUCUUUGACCCAAUAAAACCAGCUGUAGUGUUUGCUCGACCUGGUCCUAAUGAUGAUACUGGGCUUCCCUUUGUCUUCCAUCGAACUGAAGCUGGUCGUCUUUGUCCUCCAUCGAACUGAAGCUGGUCGUCUUUGAUUGCUGAAAACAAUGCGGAUGUAUAACUCAUCCUAAACAAUAUUAAAAUCUUAUAUUUCCUGUCUUAAGUUAUCAGUUUUUUUUGUGUGUGCACCGUCUAAGUUGUCAGUUUAGAACGCUUUAUCAAACCUUUAUAUUGUUGUAUCGUAUCUUGUGAACCAUCUAAUAUGUACCAUUUAACUUGGUUUUUGCUCUUUC